AAUCCAUUCCAAGAGGAGGGCACUUGGAAGAGGUAGUAAUAACUAGUAAAUGAUAAAACUAAAGACAAGAACUCUUUUAACUGCAAAUAGAAACAGCAGAGGCGUUAGGGCACCUUCCUUCUUUCGUCGUUUUGUAUUCUAUAAUAGUAGUGGUUAUACUUGCACGGUACAUCGCCUACUUUCCCUGCCCUAUUCUUGCAAAAACUUCAUUUAAUUCAAAAGCAACCUCCCAUAUAUCCAAAUACAUUGUUAAUGUUGCUUCUCCAUUUCCAAAUACACCAACAAAAUGAGUUUUGAAGAUCUUGAAUCAGGCAGGUCAUUGUAUAUCCAAGGAGGAGACGGUUCAUGGGGACGACAGACGAAACAAGCCAUCACAAAUCCAUCUGAUUCUGAUAAUCAUCAGUCCAUAGUAGCUGGUGUGUUUCAAAUAAAUACAGCGUUGACAAACUUUCAACGCCUAGUUAACACCCUUGGAACCCCCAAAGACACUCUUCAACUCCGCCAAAAGCUCCAUAGUACGAGGCAGCAAAUUGGGGAAUUGAUAAAAGGAACUUCAGCUAAGCUUAAGCAAACCAUUGAAUCUAAUCGACAUUCUCAAUUUAGUGCCACCAAGAAGAUUGCCGAUGUUAAGCUAGCCAAGGAUUUCCAAUCUGUUCUUAAAAAGUUCCAAAAGGCUCAGCAACUUGAAGCACAGAGAGAAGCAGCUUACACUCCUUUCAUCUCCCAGGAAAUCAUCUCAUCCGGAAGCCCAGAGCUACCGAUAAGUUCUUCUACCAGUCCUGACAGCGGUUCUAUCUUUCUGGAAUCCAAAAGACAGGACAUCAUACAAUUGGAACAUGAGAUUGUUUUAAACGGAGCCAUCAUAGAAGAAAGAGAACAAGGGAUAAUAGAAAUCCAGCAACAGAUUGGUGAACUGAAUGAGAUGUUCAAGGAUUUGGCUUUAUUGGUCCAUGAACAAGGAACUAUGCUCGAUGAUAUCAGUUCCAAUAUUGAGAGCUCGCAUGAUGCAACUGCACAAGCUGCUAAGCAACUUAACAAGGCAUCAAAAAUCCAACAAUGUAAUUCAUCUAUGAGCUGCUUAUUGUUGGUGAUAUUUGGGGUCAUCCUGCUAAUAAUUAUUGUACUGGUGCUAGCAUAAAGAAUUUCUUCCAAGUUACUAUGAGAUAUUGUUGCUUUUUCACUCAAGUGUAUGGGUUCCGAUUGUUCUACCUGCAUCAGUCUGCUAAUGUAGAUAAUUUGUAUCUCAGUAUGACAUUCAAGGUACAGAUGUACAGUAAAACAAUCUACAGACAUUGGGCUCA